UCAAAUAUUUCUUUGAAACCUCUCCACGCCUUCUCAGGAAUUACAUGGUUUAAUUUGCCGUCUGUAGAGGAGUGGUCUGGUUAAGCUCAGUUUUGAAAUGCUGAGUUUAUUCUCAGUGGUGAGAAGACUGUUCCUGAGAAGAUUCCAGGAGUAAAAGCUGAUUUUCCCGUGUCCACAAAACGACCCUUGCAAAAGGACCGAAGAUGAGCACUGCAGUUGUGGUUGGGAUUUCCUGUCCUGGGAGCAGAUGGCUUUUUCCCUUUGGGAUUUAGGAACAGCAUAGCUGGAACAAUCAGGAAUACUUACUUCACUGUAACCUAGAAAGUUUGCUGUUUAAUAUCUGGAACCGUCCACAACUUACUAAAAUACAUACUCAAAAGUGUCCAGGUUUUGAUGAAUUGUUCCUGUUUGGACAUCUACAGACUGAUUCAAGGCUUAGGCAAUGACUCCAUCAUAAUGUUCAUUAUUUGGUAAACUGUGACCUCUCACUGACCUUUGCCCAUUUGCCCCAACCAGUGUGGACACCGCUGGUCAGAGUGAAGAACAAAAUGGCUGAGGCACAGCCAGCUGUGGCAGAUGGCAAUCAGAAGCUAUUUCCCUGUGAAGUCUGUGGGAGAUGCUUUGCAGCAGAUGUUCUGGAAAGACAUGGGCCAAUAUGUAAGAAACUUUUCAACAAAAAGCGCAAACCCUUCGAUUCCUUGAAGCAAAGAUUACAGGGAACUGACAUUCCCACCGUAAGUCAUCCGCCUCAGCCCAAGGGUCAGCCCAUGAGGAAAUCCAAUUGGAGACAGCAGCAUGAGGAUUUCAUCAAUACAAUUCGAUCAGCAAAGCAAUGCACUCUAGCCAUUAAAGAGGGCAAGCCCCUUCCACCUCCACCCCCUCCAACCAUCAACCCAGAUUAUAUUCAAUGCCCAUACUGUAUGAGGAGGUUUAAUGAAACAGCUGCCCAGCGACACAUUAACUUCUGCAAAACCCAGCCCUCUCGAUGCGUGUUCGAUCCAGCCCAAACAGCAGCUAGACUGGCAUCCAGAGCUCAGGGUAAGGCCCAGGCAACUCCCAAAAAACAGCCAACUGUUACAAGUGCUGUGGGAACCCUGCUGCAGAACAGAGCUGCAGAAGCCAAGAACGAAGCCAAUUCAAAGGCAGGAUUAGCUACGGAUCCUGCUUCUGGAGGAAAACUCAGACAAGGAUUUAACAAAUCUCCUAAAAAAGAUUAA